CCCCGGACAUGAGACGCAACCCGUCCCGCAGUCACACGCCCGCCACGGUCACCGUGUACGUCCGAUCCGCCUCCAGACCCGCCCAGCACAACAAGCUUCUUAUGAAGCGCUAUAAGGAGGAAACGCCCAACAGCACCGCUGGGAAACGCCCCCGAGGACUGUGCCUGGUCAUCCAGCGCCAGGAGAUGACCGCCUUCUUCCAGCUCUUUGAUGACGACCUCAUCCAAGAUUUCUUGUGGAUGGAUUGCUGCUGUAUAAUCGCCGACAAGUACCUCUUGGCAAUGACAUUUGUUUAUUUUAAGAGAGCCGGAUUCAGUAUCAAUGAGUAUACUAGAGCUCAUUUCUUUAUAGCUUUGUAUUUGGCAAACACGGUGGAAGAGGACCAUGAAGAAGCCAAGUACGAGAUCUUCCCCUGGGCAUUAGGAAAGAACUGGGCCCGGCUCUUCCCAGACUUCCUAAGAGCGAGGGAUAAGCUGUGGUCCCGCAUCCAACACCGAGCCUCCGUCAGCCGGCGUUGCUGUGAUGAGGUGAUGGCGAUCGCUCCGGCGCACUUCAUCUGGCAGCGAGAACGCUCUGAACAGCACAGCGGCGCAGUGAGGAAUUAUAAUCCGGAUGAAUGUAAUCUUCCCCGCGGUCCUUCAGCCACACCUCCGGACUGCUUUGUGUGCGGGAAAAAAGGACGCCUCGUGGCGCUGGGAUUAUCCGGCUCCUCCUCAUCAUCCUCCCCCGACACUUCACCCAUGAGAAGAAAAGUACCAAAACCAACAGCCGACCCGCAACCGUCUUCCUGCCACUACUUCCAAGUUAACCAGGAAAAUGUGACGGGAGGACGACCCCAAGACAAGUCCAUGGCGUGGUUCUCACACAGCGAGUAGAUUUGGGCGCCGCCUGACAAAUGAUGAAAUGACGGUUACAGAAUAUUUAUAGUAGUUGUAGUAAAAGUUUGAACCUAAAAAGUAUUAUUGGAAAGAUUUUACUGUAUGAUGAAAUCCUGAAUUAGAACCCAUGAAAUGACAUCUGCUCCAUGGGGGA